AUGAGUGUGAAAAAGCAACAUGAAAUUAUGCGAUUGACUAAAAUUAUACAAAUUCAUUGUCAUGAUAUACAUUUACUAAUUGACUUUGGAGCUGGUUUGGGUUACCUUAGUCAGACGUUGUGCAGUAUUAACAAAAGUUGGCGUAUUCUUGGCCUAGAAGCUAAUGUAUGUCGAGUAAUGGGUGCACGAAAGCGACUGGAGCAACAGAUACCUGAAUCGAGUGAACGUGUCACUUAUGUUGAACAAUAUAUUGAACCGAAUACAGACAGUGCGAUAAAGUAUCACGUUUCUAGAAGUGGAUUGGGAGGUACUACUAAAUGGGCUAUUAUAGGUUUACAUACUUGUGCUGAUCUCUCGGUUACAUCUAUAAAGUUAUUUUUUGAAAUAUCAGAAGUUAAACGCUUGGUUAUCAUGCCAUGUUGUUAUCAUAAGCUGAGUCAAACUGCUAAUGGUCACUUUUUGAAUUUUCCGUUAAGUAAUGCAUUAAAGUCCGCGGUAGCUGAAGCGGGUAUAAAUAUGCUCAGUUACUUUAACCGACCAUUUCUGCGCCUGGCUUGUCAAGAGACAAGCGCUCGUUGGCGGCAUUGUUCAGAAGAGGAGCACGCAGCACACGGUGAGCAGAUGUUUUGGCGCGCCGUAGCCGAAGCCAUCAUUGACGAUGAAACGGAAAUAAUCGCAACUAUACCCAAAAGCCAACGACCUAAUAAAUGUUGGAGUGAAAUGAAAAGUUUUUCUAUUUUUCGACAAGUGUAUAAAGUAAGAUCAAAAACAGCGGAUGUGCAGUUUUUGGUGGGAGAUAUGUGGAAUAAUGAGCACAAAGACAAAUUUAAUAAAAUUGUUGAAAAAUAUGUUAAAGUUGGUCCCAAAUUGGCCGAAGUUUUGACUUGUUUGCAAACAACAUUACAGGUCAGUGGCACUAUUAUUUUCUAUUUAUACUAG